AAAAUAUCAUAGUAAGAAAAUCUCUUGCACGUUUUGAAACAGAAGAAAAUUUCAACUUCCAUGGCUCUACAGAGACAUGUUCCAGUAUUAGUCCUACUGCUAUUUUUUUGGUCUAGCUCAUCGAAUGCUUAUCAAUUCGAACUUGGUGGCGUAGAUGAUUGGAUUGCUAACCCUCUUGAAUCGUUCGAUCAAUGGUCUCAACUAAUGAGAAUUCAAGUUAAUGACACUCUUUUGUUUAAGAAUAAGAAAGGAUCAGAUCUGGUGUUGGAGAUAAAUAAAGAUGAUUAUGACAAGUGCAAUAUAGAACAUCCGAUCAAGAAAAUGGAAGAUGAAAACUCUGUUUUCGAAUUUGAUCGUUCAGGUAGUUUUUAUUUUGUUAGUGGUAAUAAGGAUAAGUGUAAAGAAGGACAAAAGUUUGUUAUUGUUGUUGCUGGUAUGAUGCUGCCUCCUUCAACUCCGGUACCAUCACUUGCUCCUGUUGGUUCUCACUUAUCUCCAAAGGCAGAUGCACCCGGAAAGGUGCCAAUUGGGGUGUCACCUGGCCCUGUAUCGGUGCAUGUUCCUCGGGGUACUAGUUCAGACUCACCUCAAAUAAGUCAUUCACCAGGGGUGGCUCCAACGUUGGCCUCGCCUGGUCCUAGUAGUUCUCACUUAUCUCCAAUAUCUAGUGCACCUAAAAAGGAUCCAAUAUUCGGGUUGUCACCUGCCCCUACAGGUUCUCACUCAUCUAGUACGGGCCAUGCACCUGAAAAGGCACCAACACCGGUGCAUGUGCCUCGGGGUACUGAUUCACACCCACCUCAAACAACACAUGCAUCGGGGGUGGCUCCAACACCAGAAUCAUUGUAUGAGAUUCCAAGCACUAGUACACAUCAAUCUCCUAUAGAGGCUCCAACAUCGUCAUCAUUUCAUGUGCCUUCCGGUUCCCAUUUAGCUCCAACGGCUCUAUCACCAACAUCAGCUAAUGUGCCUUUGAGUAGUCGUUCACACCUAUCUCCUGAAACUUAUGCACCAGGAAAGGCUCCAACUGGUGCGUCACUUGCCCCUACUGGGUCCCACUUAUCUCCGACAACACAUGCACCCGAAAAGGCUCAAACACCUGCAUUAUCACAUGUGUCUCCAAGUCCAAGUUCACACCUAUCUCCAUCAGCUCAUGCACCAGCAAAGACUCCAACCGGGGCAUCACAUGUUCCUGCUGGUUCUCACCAAUCUCCAACAGUUCAUGCUCCUAGUAAGGCGCCAACACCGGUAACAUCAAAUGUGGAUCGAGCUCGUGCACCUGGAAAAGCUCCAACUGGGGUGUCACCUGUACCAGCUGGUUCCCACUCAUCUCCAACUGCUCAAGCACCUGUCGAGGCGCCAACUCCAGUAUCGUAUGUGCCUCGAGGUACUGGUUUAUCUCCUAUGGCACAUGCACCUGGAAAAGCUCCAUCCGGGUCAUCACAUGCAUCUGAUGGUUCUCACUCAUCUCCAAAAGCUCAUGCACCUGUAAAAGCACCAACACCGAUAUCCAAUGUUCCUCGAGGUACUAGUUCACACCCACCUUCUAUGGCUCAUGCACCAGGAAAAACUCCAUAUGGGUCAUCACAUGCACCUAAUGGUUCUCACUCAUCUCCAAAAGCUCAUGCCCCUGUAAUAGCACCAACACGGAUAUCCAAUGUCCCUCGAGGUACUAGUUCACACCCACCCUCUACGGCUCAUGCACCAGGAAAAACUCCAUUUGGGUCAUCACAUGUACCUUCUGGUUCUCGCUCAUCUCCAAAAGCUCAUGCACCUGUAAAAGCACCAACACCAAUAUCCAAUGUUCCUCGAGGUACUAGUUCACACCCACCUUCUACGGUUCAUACACCAGGAAAAGCUCCAUCUGAGUCAUCAAGCGCACCCGUAAAGGCUCCAACACCAGUAUCAUCAAAUGUUCCUCGGGGCACUAGUUCACACCCACCUUCUACGGCUCAUGCACCCGGUAAAGCUCCACCUCAGUCAUCUCCAAAAGCUCAUGCACCCGUAAAGGCUCCAACACCAAAAUCAUCAAAUGUCCCUCGGGGUACUAUUUCAAACCCACCUUCUAUUACCCAUGCACCUGCUGGUUCUCACUCAACCCCAAAAGGUCAUGCACCUGUAAAAGCGGGGCCAACACCUGCACCCUCACAUGUUCCUUCCAGUCCUCGCUCACACCUAAACCCGAUUGCUAAUGCACCUAAAACCGCUCCAUCGCCAACAACUUCGAAAAUAUCUCCAAAUCCUAGCUCAGGCCUGUCUCCAACGGCUCAUGAUGAACCCUCACCUUCCAUUUCACCAACAACAGCGAAAUCAUCCAACGAAUCUUCUCCAAUUUCAUCUUCUCCGUCAUCAAGUACGCCGCGAUCGGGAGCGAAUUCCCCCCCGGAAAGUAUUGCUCCGGCGUCCUCCGGCGACAAUAUCCCGGCGGACAUUGAUUCACCAGCUAGUUCACCACUCAGUUCUGAAUCAGCAGCAGAGAAAGCAUCAAUUACUCCUUCUAUGUCAACAAUGUCACUCUUUUUUACUCUAAUUUUGGGAUUAAUAAUUUAA